CACCGUUACUGAAAACUGAUAACGAUUGAAUUGAAUAUGAUGUGAAUUGCUAGAAAUUAUUUGAAUUUUGAAUAAUUCAAUUUCUGUGGACGUUCUAACUUCGGCAGUUGUUAGUUGUAAAGAAACUUAGAACAUUAAAAUAUUUUAUACCUAACCUUUCUCUUCCUGCCGUCGUCAUUUUCUUUCGAACGUCAUCAAUGGAGCAAGCACAUUUUUCGGUUGUCACGGACAGACCCAAUGACAUACCACCGACGAAUGGACCAAGACUAGGAUCACUGAAAUACUCAAACUCUCAAGUCAACACUCCUGCGUUCAUGUUUUACACCAAAUGUGGAAGUGUGCCAUACAUAUCGAGAGAAGUAUUUGAAAAAAUUGUGCCUGAUGAUCAGGCGUUGUUCAAUUUCUCGUUACCGACUUGUCUGAGUUUCUACCAACCAUUGAAAGAGUUUAAACACGGCCUUAACUCGUUUGUUGGUCUUGAGAAAUACUUGUCAUGCUGUUCAAUAACUGACUAUGCAGUGGAUACCCCACAAGGUUACAAUCAAAAAGAUAGUGUUGCUAUUAAAACCAAAAGUGGAAAUCAAUUAAUUAACCAUGAAAAGUAUAUGGAUAUCAUGGAAGUAUUCAAACCCACUAUGUAUGUUACCUUAAGCAUUUCAGACAUUAAUUUGGAUAGUUCACCUUCAGCCAUUGAAAAGUCAGUUAAUAUUUCAAAUAGACUAUUUAAGAGUUGUUUGGAACGUCAUCAUAAAUCAGAAGCAUUAAAACAAAGUUGUGUGAUUGCUCCAAUUGAAGGUGGUUAUAAUGUACAAGAACGAAUUCGAUCAGCAACAUUUUUAUCAGAAUAUCAUAACGAUAUAUUAGGAUUUCUAUUUGAUGGAUUUUUUACUGAUGGAGCCAUUGUUGAAGAAAUCCCUAGUGAUCUUAUUCUACCCAUUAUCGAUAAAACAAUGGAAUAUCUCCCAUAUGAUAAAAUGAAAAUUAUAUUCGGUGCCUGGACUCCUAGUUUAAUAAUUGAUCUUAUAAACAGUGGAGUGGAUAUGUUUGACUCAUCUUUUCCAUUCAUCACAACUGAACGCAAUUCGGCAUUAAUAUUUGAUUACAAUUUAAAAUAUAAAAAUGAAAGUAUUAUUAUGGACAUUUCUCAAUGUAAAACUGAUAAAAAUGAAGACAUUUUGAAUGACUAUGAAAUAUGUUUGACAGACCCAAGUCAUUUUGAGAAAUUUGUGCCAAUAAAAGAUUCAUGUUCGUGUUUGACCUGUAAAAAACAUACUAGGUCUUACAUUCAUCAUCUACUGGUCUCAAAUGAACUCCUAGGUUCUAUUUUAUUGACAAUACACAAUCUACAUUACUUUAAUUAAUUUUUCAAGGACAUUCGUGAAGUA